AUGUAUGAACCUUCUUCUGUUACUUCAUUCCAGUCUUCUGUACCGUCCCAAAAGUUAACGUCAAGUCGUUUUUUCGACAAUAGCGCUCUGUCUACUGUACCGACAACUAUAUCUUCAGAACUAGAAGGUCUUCCUUUUAUGAGUGCUCACUACCCUACAGUAAUGAGAGCACCUUGCGUAAAUUGGCCAAUUGGACGUCCUACUUUUAAUCCCACGCUCACAGGCAACUUAAGAUCGCCAUCACAAUGUUUUAAUCCUUUAGCACCUGCUACGGUUCGUUGUUUUACGGAAGCAGACCAAAAUACAGGUAGUCGUAUUGUUGGUCAAAGCCUUUCUGCAUCGCGAUCGUCAAUGAAUGAAAGUGUUGGUGAUCACUAUUUACUAUCAGGCAAACCCUUCAUUUCCUCUUGCAUAUCUCCUAUUUUUUCUGGUUCGCGUGGAAUCCCUAUUAUGACCACUGUCCAAUCCUCUACAAAUGCUUCCGUAUGCUCAGGGCCACCUAAAAGAACAGUUGUUCACAAGUACCACUCUUUUAGGAAAAUUUUACCGAAAUCAGAUAGACCAGUCAUGCUUCCGACUGUACCAUUCAGUGUGAACACCGCACCACUAGGUAGAUUUUCAGUACCCAGUAGCAGUUUUGGCAUGUGUAGACCUGGUUCACUUGGGGCUAAUACUGUUUUACCUUGCGAAGUAACCACUAGCAGAACUUAUAUCAUGGACAUCGGUAUAUCAAACCUAACUGAUGAUGGUUCAUCAAUUCCAAUUCGACGCAAUUUGUGUGCUACUUCCUUAGCGCUUGCUAACCCAAACCAGUCAGUAUUAGCGAAUAAUCCAGCAUCUCAGUUGCUUAAAAGCCUGCUCGAACGUGACGAUUCACGCUCUGUCACAGGUGUUGUUACAACAUUUACUGCGGAAAAUAAUUUGUCGUUUUCUAUGUCUACUGUUGUUAACACUUCAAGCUCCCCUUCUGGAAGCGGGACUCCGCUUUGGAAUCAGCCGGCUCACCAGAGUCGUGGAACAUGGCAGUUAGGCAAACGAGCUGUCAGUAGUUCCAGCCACCGCUCUCUAUCAGACAAUAUAUCUCUCAAAAUAUCUCAGUCUGUUUUCCCUACUCCAACCAGCUCUCAGCCUCACUCCUCUCCGACUUCCUCUAAUCCUGCACCUAUUCUCCCACCAACUUUACGUUUGACACCAGGACCGACUUCUCGAUUACAACAGCUUCAACAACAUUAUCAACGACAACAAGAGGCUCAAAGACGCUUUGAACAGGAUUCAUUGAAUAAACUAGGUGUUGCAGACAGUGUAUAA